CUCGACAAACAUGGACCAGAAGAUUCCGUAUGAUGAUUAUCAGCUGCCGGUAGUGUUUCUUCCCUCCUAUGAAAACCCUCCUGCAUGGAUCCCUCCACAAGAAAGGAUUCAUCACCCUGACUAUAACAAUGAGCUCGCCCAGUUCCUACCUCGCACUAUAGUGUUAAAAAAGCCCCCUGGUGCACAGCUGGGCUUCAAUAUCCGUGGAGGAAAAGCCUCGCAGCUUGGCAUAUUCAUUUCAAAGGUGGUGCCAGAUUCAGACGCCCACAGGGCAGGACUUCAGGAGGGUGAUCAGGUGCUUUCUGUCAAUGAAGUGGACUUUCAAGACAUUGAGCAUUCAAGGGCAGUGGAGAUUUUAAAGACAGCAAGAGAGAUUUUGAUGAAGGUUCGAUAUUUCCCUUACAAUUACCAGCGGCAGAAGGAGAGGACUGUCCACUAGGUGUCAGAGUAGACCUUCAGGAGCGCAGCAGUGCCGUGACGCAGCGAUGAGGCGUUGGUGUGUCAGUGAGAAAGGCUCGUCUCCUCUGCAUCAUCUUCCUCCCACAAACUCUUUUCUCUGCCUAAAAGACUGCUCAAAGAAAUCAUCUUCAAACACUCCAGCACAUGCCUUGAUGAUUCAUAUCUAGCGCUGGCUUUUCCAGAUGCGUCUCCUGUUUAUGUGUGCUUUCAUCUGGGAAAACAAGCAUAUUCUUUGGGACAUGAAGAGAAACACAUGCUAGAAGUCUUAUUUAUUAAAAGAACUAUAUAGAAGUGUAGGGCUAAGGGAAAUUCCUGAGUAAUUUAGUUUAUAAAAUGACUGAUGUUAUAAUGACUAAUAUAUCUUGUAUUCUUUAAAACCUUUUUCUUUUUUAAGUACAUUUCAGUCGUGCAUAAGCAUUUUGAUGUCCUGCUGAAAAACACAUUGCUACUGACUAGUUAAAUGUCAUUCAAUUGUGCACAUACACUGUGUAGUUUAUGUCCAAAUGCCAUUUAUCCACAUUUUUUCAAAUAAAUAUGUAGGAUCCCAUGAUGUUCUCUGAUGGGUGAAACCUGGACUGAAUCGCAGGAUCUAGUCAUAAAACAUCUAUUGGCAAAUUUUGGGUGAAUAAAAGAAAUGUAGUGAUGUAAAACUUACCUUAUUGCAAUAUGGACUAGUGUCUGAAUAUUAAACCUCUCAAGGCUA